UCGCUUCCACCCCGGAAGUUCGCGCCUGAACCUAUUGAGACUUCCUCCAAGUCGUCUAAGGAUGUUCGGCAGCAUGAGCCUUCUUCCUCGAACGCCGCGACGCCGAAGCCGCGACGCUUCGCUGUCGAGCCCGUAGAAAGCCAGCACAUCAGCAGCAAGGACAAGAAGGAGAGCACAGCGGAGGAGAAGCCCAAGGCAAGGCGCUUCGCUGUGCAACCGGUAGAGACGGAGCACAAGAGCAGCAAACACAGCAGUCGUGCGUCGAAUGGAGCAGCCUCGGGUGAGAAGAGUCCACCGCGCCGCUUUGCGCCGCAGUUGGCGGAGACGUCAGCGAAGAGCAACAGAGGGCACCAGCCGGAGCACAACAUACCAAGUCAUAUAAAGUUCCGGCCGGAGCCGGUCGAGACGACGUAUCGCAGCAACCGCAAGCCGCAAAUGGACGAUGAGGAGGUAGGACCCAAAGAUGAAGGCGCGAAGCGGCCCAAAAGAUUUACGCCGGUUCUUGUCGACACAGCAAAACGGUCACGGCGCGCUGGAGAUGCCAUGCCGGCGCUUAAUCAGUCCCAGAAGACCGAGUCUGGCCACCAUCUGCACGCUCGCGAGCAUCGACGGCACAUUCGUGGUCACAAGACACCCUUGGAAGAGGCUGGUGAUCCAAUGGAUACUGACAGCCCAUCAUCCAGUACGCAGGCGCUUGACAUUCCAACACAAUUACGCCGACACUUGGCACCGUUAGAUGGCAGCGCACCGCAACGGCGACCGGCCGUGCAAAGUCAGCGGACGCACUCCUUCCGCUGUCCCGAGCUUGAUACAAUCGAGAGCUCAGAGAGCGAGCCGACUAGUGAUCUCUCGUCGCUGUCUUCUAGUCCAGGUCAAGGCUCGCCAAUCACCGCAUCAGAUUCGUCGUACAACGAGGGCCACAAGCAUGCCACGCGGAUACGUGAGUCUGUUGACGAGAGCUUCCAACACUACCUGCUUGAACUGGAAGCGAAGAGAGCAGCCGAGCAGCGCCUACGCGACCUCGCCAACGCAGCAUUUCCAAACUCCGAUUACCAUGAGCCGGUGCAGCACUACGUCGACGAGGAUGGCAGCGACGAGAUGAAGAUUGAAGACCGUCCCGUCACCUGGGCGGACUACGAAGAUGAAGUCUUACUUCAGAUGGCCAGGCGGCGAGAAAGCACGGCCAAGAUCUCGUGGGAGCAGAUGGAGAUGCAACGGCAUGCGGAGAAGCUUGAGCAGGAACGCAACGCUGCAAAGACUACGGCAAAGCAACCCACGCAGUCGCCUUGGUGGAAUCCGGCAACAUCGUACGGCUUCCAAGACGACGAAGAGGAGAUGCGAUCAAUGCGUGACCGCGCCCGUCCGCCUAUGUUGGGCGCUGACAUCCAGUUCCCUCGGUGUCCGUCACCAGAGCCGGCGCGGUUCGACGUCACGCAAGGCUCCACGGUGCUGAGGCAGCAGAUGUGCUACUUGACGGAGCAUGCGGAAUCAGAAGCCAACCGUCCGGAUGAAGAAGUGGGCUUGUGGCAUGCCCCUUCACCGGAUGCUGACAAAGGCGAAGUCAGCGUCUGGAGCAGGAAGACCAGUACCAAGGGCAGCGGUAAGCUCGGGCUCUGGGGUGGUUUCUGCGUCGACGACGGGACCUCCACCGCACCCGCUUCUGGCGGGCUGAUUCCACCUACCGGUCCGACAGGCCUUCUCACACCCCGCGUGGAGCGUGUCGAGAACCCGUUCGAGUCCUCCUUUGCCGACCCCAGCGCGGCCAUUCAGAUAGGCGCUGGGCUUAGGACGCCACCAACCCCACCCCGCAGCAUCCAGGACGGUGACUUGGGUCGCAUUGACGGCGUGCUGAAUGCAGAACACGACUUGGACGAAGUGAUGGAGAAGGAGUACCCUGACACUUUCAUCACCCAAGUCUUCAACUACCUCUCGCUCGGCUACCCGACUCUCGCCCGUCCGUUCGAUGAAGAACUAUCAAAGAUCAGCCGUGUCUCCAUCGCAGAACUCCGCAAGGAUGACCGAAAAGCGAAGAAAUCUUCGAAAGGUUAUAUCCGUAUCGGACCGGACUUUGAGGGCGACGGCAUGGCGGAGCAGGAGAGUGUGAGGUGGCAUGCGCUCAAGCUGUACGUGCGGGAGUGGGCGCGGCAGGAGAAGAAUAUGGUGAAGGUUGAUGGGCCGGGUGGGAAUUGGGGUACUGGUGCUAGGAGGGGCAGUUGGGCUAUUUAG